AUGAGUGCUCCGUUAAUUGACAAAUAUCGGAAAAUGGCGAGUUUCGAUUGGAAGAAACUGAAAGCAGUUGUUGAAGGAGAAGAGCAUGUUCGAUUGAAGGCGGAAGUCGUUGCUAAAAUGAAAUCCGAACCAAUUUUUCAUAGAGACUAUCGAGUGUUAAGUCGUGAAGAACAACGAGAAGUUGUUCAUCAGAGAUGGAAGAAAAUUGUGGAAUGGGGACUUUUUAAAGAUCCGUACUCGGACCUUGAAAAUUUCAAAGCCUUAACUGAAACGCUGGAGGCUUAUGAUCAAGGAACUUCUGCUAGGUUGUUCCUUCAUGGAAAUGUGUUUGGAGCAGCUGUGAAGUCAAUGGGAACAGAAAGACACAAGGAAUUGGUGGAGAAGAUUGAGAAUAAUGAGAUUGUUGGAGCAUUUUGCUUAACUGAAAUUGGUCAUGGAUCGAAUACUGCAGAGGUCCAAACCACCGCAACUUUUGAUGAUGGACAGUUAGUCUUCAAUUGUCCCAGCAUCGGUGCAAUCAAGUGUUGGGCUGGAAACCUCUCUCACUCUGCUACCCAUGUGGUAGUGUACGCUCAACUUCACGUUGGUGGCAAAAACGAAGGACUUCAUGGUUUUGUGAUCCAAGUCAGAUGCCCAAAAACAUUCCAAACUUUUCCGGGAAUCACCAUCGGAGAUAUGGGAUCGAAACCAGGAUGUUGGCAAGGAGUAGAGAAUGGAUGGAUGGAGUUUAAAAACCAUCGAGCUCCAUUGAGUGCUCUUUUGAAUAAGGGAUGUGAUAUUACUCCCGACGGAAAAUAUGUGACGUCAUUUAAAUCGGCUAGUGAGAAACAAAGCGUCAGUUUGGGAACACUUUCUGUGGGAAGACUUGGUAUUAUUGCAAAAGGAAUGAUGGCAUGCACUUUUGCAUCCACUAUUGCCAUUCGAUAUAGUGUCGCAAGACGACAAUUUGGACCAGAGAAAGGAGCUGAAAAUGAGAUACCGGUUCUGGAGUACCCUCUUCAACAGUAUCGCCUUUUCCCAUAUCUGUCUGCGGCCAUUUGUAUCAGAAUCUUCCAGAAAACUAAAUGCUACAGAUUCGUUGAGAAAUUCACCGAGUACAUGAUGAGAGUAAUGGUGGGAGAGAAAUCAGAAGAGCUGUCUGAAUUUUCGAAAGAAGUUCAUGCCUUGUCUUCUGGAGCGAAGCCAGUUGCCACGUGGCUUGGAGUGGAAUCCCUUGGAGAAGCGCGAAAGGCUUGCGGAGGCCAUGGAUUCCUUCACAUGUCUCGACUCAACACACUUCGAGAUGAUAAUGAUCCAUCACAGACUUUUGAAGGAGAAAACUUUAUGAUUCUUCAGCAAACCAGUAACAUCCUAUUGGGAAAGGUUGCAUCAAUUGGAUUAAUCAACACUCCGAUGUCAACCAUGACCUUCUUGAACUCAAAACCUUCUAAAUUUUCUUCAUGGACCUCGGAUCCAGUGAAUGAUGCUCUCUCCGCGUAUCGUUAUCUUACAUAUCACCUUCUUCAAACCACGUCAUCUGAAGCCAACAAGCUGAAACAAUCCGGGAAGAAUUCAUUUGAAGUUCGAAAUGAAAUUCAAGUACAUCGAGCUGUAAACCUCUCCAUUGCAUAUACGGAACAUACAAUGAUCGAUUGGGUGCAGAAGUUUGUAGAAGAUGUAGAAGACGUCACUUUGAAGGGAGUACUUCAAAAAGUAUUGAAUCUAUUUUCUCUAUUCCUGCUGGAAAGACAUUUGGCUACGCUGUAUAUUACUGGAUAUGCUUCUGGAGGAAAGUUCGGAGAAGAAUUGAGAGAGAAACUGAGAAAAGCAGUGGCAGAUGUCAAACCAGAAUCCAUGGCUCUCGUAGAUUCCAUUGCUCCAGAUGACUUCAUUUUGAAUUCUGCACUGGGAGCGUCUGAUGGAAAGGCUUAUGAUCAUAUUAUGGAAGAAUUCCGAAAGUACACAAAUGAGCAACCACGAUGGGUCUGUGACCUGGCACAGUUUUUGCAAAAGAGAUCACAAUCUUCGAAGUUAUAA